GCAUGCGCAGAGCAUGUCUCUGAGCUCGCGCCGGUGUGUGGAGCUCACAGGGAGAAAUUCAACUGCGUGAUCUGGAGCAGACGCAGACACAAGAAGCGGCAUCUGGGCUUUUAAAGGGAAUUACCUAGCACAUAUUGGAUUUAACCCGACACAGAGCCACUGGAGAAAAGGAAGCAGUAAUCAUACUGAUGUGGCCAGUAUGAAUAAGACACCCCCUAACAGAAGAGGCAUAACAUUUGAGGUGGGGGCUCAACUAGAGGCUAGAGACAGCCUCAAAAACUGGUAUGCUGCAAACAUAGAAAAGAUUGAUUAUGAAGAUGAAAAAGUGCUUAUCCAUUAUCGCCAGUGGAGCCAUCGUUAUGAUGAAUGGUUUGACUGGACUAGCCCUUAUUUGCGUCCUGUAGAGAGGGUCCAGCUGAGGCGACAGGGCCUGAAUGACGACAUUUCUAUGCCCGGGUUUCAUGUAAACGAUAAGGUUCUUGCUAGCUGGUCCGAUUGCCGGUUCUAUCCUGCCAAGGUUACAUCCGUCAACAAAGAUGGUUCUUACACAGUGAAAUUCUACGACGGCGUUGUCCAGACAGUAAAGGGAAUACACGUGAAACCUUUUAUUAAGGAAAGAGGGGUUGGGAGGGCCAGGUCUGCAGACAGGAUGGCAAGGAGGGGCCCAAACCGCCGGGACAGGAGGUCUCUCCAGAAUGGAGGGCCAAAAAUGAAGCAAGCCAGACGCAGCACUUCAGAUCAGGAGGAGGACAGCAGCGAGGACGAAGAUCACAGAGAGGAGAUGAAAACAAAUGGGGAAAUAGAGUCUUCUCCCUGCCAUGGACAAAAUGAAGUAUCUGACCAUAACAAGCACAGAGAAACAGGACUGACCAAUGGAGUCAAGAUGGAAAGUGACAUAUGUCAUUUCAGUGGAGAAAUUAGAAAUGAUGAGGGACAUACUGAACAAAGAACAAAGCCAUACUCUGACUUUUCAAAGCCAUAUACAGACUCUAACCAGGUGUCUGCACUGACAGAGCAGAGCUCUAUUACUAUGACAACCACACAAACCAAUGGGGAUGUGGAAAAGAAGCCUGCAAGCCAAUCAGAGGGCAGUGAGCUCCCUGUAGAUGUACCACCUCCUCAACCUGUUAAACCAGUCAGAAAGCAGGGUUUCCACAAUCCCAACAGAUUCAGCAGAGAGCCUUUGUAUCGAGUUAUAAAAAACCAACCCCCUCCCGUCCUGUCGAUCAACCUCGACCACAACCCUUUUAAGUGCAGCACUCCCGGCUGCACAAAGUCAUUCCGAAAGGCCAAGCUUCUGCACUAUCACAUGAAAUAUUAUCAUGGUGAAGAGCAGCUUCCAGAGUUGGAGCAUGGCGCAGUCAGAAGUGUCCACACCAGAGCUGCUGAGAAACAGACUUCUGUCUUCGAUGGCCCCAAAAGAAGGCGCACCAUCUCUGCCACAAUGCAGUCUGUUGGAAUGGUGACUGGUCCCAAGACAGGAGGCAGACGUACCUCUGCGCCACCUUCAGUCAACACCCAAGCUCAUCACCAGAGGGCACUGCUGAGGGAAAAGAGCAAGGAAAACCAACUAGACAGAAAUGGAUUCCAGCUUGACAAAGAUGUUGACAAAUCUGGUUUUGAUAUGGGCACAGUUAAAGACAAAUUUCGGGACAAACCCAAACAGAAAGAUUUUCUUAGAAUUAAGCUGAAAAAGAGGAAGAAGAAAAAGAAGGCCAUGUCUGACUACACGGGUAGUGAGGAGAAUAUUGACUUAUUGGGUCGUCAGGCCAAAUUGAAUUUGCUGCUCAAAAGCCCCCACACACACAUUCACAGCCCUGAGGCCUGGUCCCGCAGGCCUGGAAUGAACUUCUCAGAGCAGAUACGGGAGGAUGAUGAGGAUAGUUUUAGUGACUGGUCAACUGAUAGUUGUGGGUGGACCGAUGAUGACUUUGGGGAUUUGGACAUCACAACUCCACCCCUGAGCAUUGACUCGGGAGCUGUGGACACAAGUGACCAAGAGAUUGUACGCUGCAUCUGUGAGGUGGAAGAAGAGAAUGACUUCAUGAUCCAGUGUGAAGAGUGUCUGUGUUGGCAGCAUGGCACCUGCAUGGGUUUACUUGAAGACAAUGUCCCAGACAGAUACACCUGCUACAUUUGUAGAGAUCCUCCAGGUCAGAGACAAAGUCAGCGUUACUGGUAUGAACGUGAGUGGUUAAGCAAUGGUCACAUGUUUGGCCUUUCAUUUCUGGAAGAGAACUACUCUCAUCAGAAUGCUAAAAAGAUCACUAGCACCCACCAGCUGCUGGGAGAUGUGCAUCAUGUCGUGGAGAUCCUUAAUGGACUACAACUCAAAAUGAGUGUCUUACAGAACAACAGUCACCCUGAUCUGCAGCUGUGGCGCCAGCCCUGGAAACAGGCAGAGAGGGCCCGUUUUCACACGGAUUCUGAUUCAUGCCGGGGUAGUGAUCUGGCUCCCUCUCCGGCCACUCCAGAUGAGGACCUGAGCCGAGGAGAGAUCCUCAUGUCCAAUGCUCUGGAGAAGUUGAGUCGUGCUGCCACAGCGCACACCUCCUCUUCAUCGUGCUCCUUCUCCCCAUUCCCCUCUUUUCAGGACUCGUACAUUACCAGUGACCACUGCUACCAAAAACCGAGAGCCUAUUACCCCGCUGUGGAGCAGAGACUUGUAGUGGAAACCAGACAAGCCUCUGAAGUAGAAAACAACCUGAGGAGUACUGAGGAGCUCUUGGAAUCAGAGCAGCGUUACGGAAGUCUUCUGUCUCUUUCAGACAAACCCAAGUCUCCAGCCGCUUGCAAUAAGGUUGGUGACCCCUGGUCUCAAGAAGAGGUAAAAGAAGAGAAGAAGUGCGCAGUGGAUAACAGCCAGCACCAUCAACAGUGGCAACUAAACCUGCUUGAUCACAUUGAUGCUGUCCAAGAUCAGGUUUCUUACAGAAUGGACUUCAUUGAAAGGGAACUUGAUGUGCUGGAGAGCUGGCUGGACUACACUGGUGAGCUAGAGCCCCCAGAGCCACUUGCCCGUCUGCCCCAACUCAAACAUCGCAUUAAACGCCUGUUGACUCAGUUAGGCAAGAUGCAGCAGAUAUCCCUGUACAGCUCCACAUGAGGGCGCCAGCAGACAACUCAGCAGGCACGUUGCAGCUGCAUCUCCUUUGCUCUCGAGAUUCAGCAGGGACCACAUGCUUGAGUGCAAGACUGGAUUUGUCAGCAAUUUCAGAUUUUUUCGAAGGUUCUGCAUGAUGGAUUCUGAUGUUACUAGAGCUGAUUUCAAAUAAAUAUAUCCGAAAACAGGAAGUUGAUCUCAAAUCAGGAUAAAAUUGCCUCAAUCUAUAUUUGCUUGAGUGAAAAUUUUACGAGUAGACCAGACAUCUGUUGUUGCUUUGUAACUACGAACCAUAAUGCCUUUGACUGAGCUACUGCUUUAAGAUUGUCCUGUCCCUUGGUGCAGAGUGCUUUACAUGCUUUAUAUACUGAAGACAACUGAGUGAACUGUUAUGCCUCACAGUAAUUUCAUAUUUGUUUUUGUUUUCUUUUAACAAUGUUCUGUAAUUGUAAAUGACCUGUCAUGUAAAUUCAUGCUGUAAAUGGUAGGCACUAGCUUAAUUUUGUUUCCUUGUUUUCUCUCCAUGUUGAUGUAUCUGUAGCACUUAAAGUAUAUUAACUUGUCUCUUAUCACAUUUUAUCAAAUGCUUUUUCAGGAGAUACAGCAGUACAUUCUUUUCUUUAUACAAAUGCAUUUUUCUUAAUUGCUCCUUAUCCACUUAGAAUCCCAAAUACCACAUUCAUGGGUUUCAAGUUAUGGCAAUGACCCUCCUACAUAGCAAUUAAAACCAUUAAAAUCUAAAUGUAUUGUUGUCAUGGGGAAAGGUCCUCAUAAAAUUCUUAAAGUCAGUAAAGACUGUUUAGCCUGACCUCAUGAUUAGUCUUCUACUGUACUGCAGCUGCCUGGGAAGCAGGGAAAUGUCGGGAACAAUGCAAGACAAAUUCGCUGGUACAUAAAUAAACUAUUACCAAGCCA